GAUUAAUUUUGAAAUUUCACGAACACUUAAAGUAUAUUAUUCGUUUCCUCCCAAUUCCUUUUCCAAUCCUAAGCCGUGGUCUCUUCGAUUCGAUGAUGCCUAUGAUUCAUGCUCCUUAGUUACUGCAGAUCAAAACCAUUUUUUUCUUGAUAAAAAGAAAUUCUGAGUUCUGAGAAAGGAGGUUGGUUUUUGAAGAUGGUUGGGAACCCUGCACUUCAUCUCUCACCAUUGCCAACUUCUGUUUCUUCAUGUCUUAUUUCUCUAAAAGGCAACUCUCUGAAGUUCGCGCCUCUUUCAAUAAGACGUCGGAAUCAAAUUCACAAGAUUAGAGCUACAUCUUCUGAUGCUGGUCAUGUCAAACAGUCAUCUACUUCAGAAGUAAAGAAUCCACUCGCAGUUGUAUUCGACAUUCCACGAACUAUAUGGAGGCGAACACUAGGUCCAUUAAGCGAUUUCGGGUUUGGUCGUAGGAGCAUUUUGGAAGGUGGUGUUGGACUGUUUUUGGUAUCUGGUACAGUACUAUUUGUGCUUAGUUUGGCGUGGUUAAGAGCUUUCCAGAUAAAUUCCAAAUUCAGGAAGUACACUGCAGUUUUUGAGUUUCCUCAAGCUUGUGGUAUAAGCACUGGAACACCUGUGAGAAUCAGAGGUGUCACUGUUGGCAAUGUCAUUCGCGUGAAUCCUUCAUUAAAAAGUAUUGAGGCAGUCGUCGAGAUAGAAGAUGAUAAAACAAUUAUACCGCGGAACUCGCUGAUUGAGGUUAACCAGUCAGGUCUUCUCAUGGAAACUAAAAUUGACAUCAAUCCUCGCGAUCCAAUCCCAACACCUUCGGUUGGCCCUCUUGACCAAGACUGUACUAAAGAAGGUCUCAUUGUGUGUGAUAGAGAGAAGAUCAAAGGUCGCCAAGGAGUAAGUUUGGAUGAAAUGGUGGGAAUAUACACCCGUCUUGGGCGGGAUGUAGAGGGAAUCGGUAUCGUUAAUAGCUACUCAUUGGCUGAACGAGUUUUUUCCGUUAUGGAAGAAGCAAGGCCACUUCUUACACAGAUGAAAGCCAUGGCUCUAGAUGUUCAACCUUUAUUAGCUGAAGUCCGCGAUAGCGGCCUGUUGAAGGAACUUGAGAAUUUGACCCGAAGCCUUACCCAAGCUUCUGAUGAUUUGAGAAAGGCGCAUUCAUCCAUUAUGACCCCUGAGAACACCGAACUGAUCCAGAAGUCUAUACACACUCUUAUAUUUACCUUGAAGAACAUUGAGAAUAUUAGCUCUGAUAUGCUGGGUUUUACUGGCGAUGAGAGUACCAAAAAGAAUAUGAAAUUACUUAUCAAGAACCUUAGCAGGUUAUUAUGAAGUCAAAUUCAAAAUGAAGUAACAUAUAACAGGUGUGUCAUUGACUGGAGAAAUUGAUUUUAUGUGGAUGAAUGACAUUUUUGGUCUCUGCUCUAGCUGUGUAGCAUGUCACUUGUUACUGCAAGACUUUGAGAAGAAUGAAGUCAUUGGUUAACGGCUUAUAGAGUUUCAAAGUAUUCAUUGCUGAAGGUUUUGAGUUGAAUGCAAUCACCAUCUUACCAAUCUAUUAAUUGAUGAUCAUGAUUUAUUCCCAUGGAACAGUACAGUUUGGUGCUAUAGGAGGUUUUUAAUAGAUUAUUACAUUACAUCAUUUUUGUGUUUUUUAGUUUCUCUAAAUGUGAAAACUGGAUUGGUUGGUUGAUUGAGAACUAGUGUUUGGUCUCUUUAACUCAAAAAAUCAACUGGUUUUAGAAUUGAAAAUCAGCUUAAAGUCCGUUUUUAAGAUUCCGUUUGA